AUGCCGCGAGCUGAGUUCCAAAUCGAGCAGGUUCACCUGACCGGCUGUCAUUGGGGAGAGCUGCGCUUGACAGAUCAGGAGCUCUCUGCUCUGCGGCGGUACCUCAAAGCUUUGGGGGUGUCUGCGGAGGUGGAGCUGGAGCCUUGCCAAAGUGAGGAGGAGGAGCAAGAACAGGGACAGCCUGUUGUGCGGGCAAAGCCGCCAGUGGUUAUUCCCGUCCCAAGAGACUACCGCACAAAGAGGCCACUGGAUGAGGAUACAGAGUCCACUUCCUGCAAGAAGUUCAGGGGAGUGGGCAGCCCGUCGGCAUCCGACACAACGUCCACGCUGACGACGCCCACACCAGAUAGCAUGAGCACGUGCGCUGAGGACACGGGCUCAGAAGCCUCUUCGUGGUUGCAGAGCCCAAAAGUGCAACAGUCUCCGCGUGCCGGCGAUGAUCAUAGAGUCUCCUGA